AUGAAGACAUGUCUUGUGUUUAUUGCAGCUCUGCUGUUGCCCACCAUCCAAUCACGGUGUCCUGACAAAGAGCCAGGGCUGAGGCCAUGGAUGCCAGGACAUAGCAAACAUCAUCGAGUUGUCAUCAGUUAUGGCAGGAAAGUUCUCCUCACAACAUCUGCUACGGUGCACUCUAUUGAGAUUUUAAACGGAGGGAAACUGGUGAUUGCUGACACCAAACGGCCCAUACUCCUACGGACAAAACACAUUCUUAUUGGGAACAAAGGGGAACUGCACAUUGGAAGUCCAGACUGUCCUUACAAGGGCAACCUUACCAUUUCUUUGUUUGGAAGGUCAGAUGACACUGAUCAGGAGCACAGCUACUUUGGCCGCAAAUACAUUGGUGUGGGAACUGGUGGAACAUUGGAGAUCCAUGGGGCCAAAAAGUUAUCAUGGACUUUCCUGAAUAAAACCUUGCACCCUGGAGAAAGCAAUCAAAAUCACUACCUGUUGGAGAGAAGCUGGGGGAACCGAGGUAUUAUUGUCCAUGUAAUUGAUCCCAAGACUGGAGAGGUACUGAGUGAUGACAGGUUUGACACAUAUCGUAGCAAGGAUGAAAGCAUUCGCCUUGCAAAGUUUUUAAAUGGUGUGGAGACAGGUCUCAUUGUAGCCAUGGUGGUCAAUGAUGAGGGCUCCAACAACUUGGAAGAUUCUGCCAAAAAGAGCAUUUCCAAGCUUGGCAGUCGGCACAUCAGCAGUUUGGGAUUCAGACAUCCAUGGUCUUUCAUAGCUGUGAAAGGAAACCCAUCUUCUGCUGUAGAAGAUCAUGCUCUUUAUCAAGGGACCAAAGCCUCCUCGGAAGCCAGAAGCUCUCGUGUUUUUCAGUUGAGUUUUGCAGAGCAUUUCACCAUAACAGCCAGCAGCCAGUGGGUGCAAGAGGCUGAGUGGACUGAAUGGUUUGAUAGGGAUGAUGAGAGAGGAUCCGGUGACUGGGAGAAGUUGACAGAUCUGCGUGAAGCCUACCCUGAUCGUCUGUGUAAGAGUCCACUUGACAUUCAGGCAGAAACCCAUGACGGUGUACCGUCUAAUCAAACAGGGGAUAUGAUCCACAAAAUGGACAAAGAUUAUGGCUUUGUCUGCCGCAACAAAGACCAAACUCAUGGCCUUUGUCACAACUACAGAGUUCGCUUCCUAUGCGGAAAACUUGUUCGUCCUCAGGCUUCAAUUUCCAUCGACAUGUUGUCCAACAGCACAAUUCUGGAGCUUGCAGACGAACCAGUGGGUUGGCAACCUGGUGACCGGGUAGUGGUGGCCAGCACUGACUAUUCCAUGCAUCAGACUGAAGGCUUUGGCCUAAUUCCUUGCCCUGCUUGCACACCUAAUCAAGUCAAGGUUCAAGGUAAAGCCGAGUAUAUACACAUGGGUGAAGAGGUUGAUGGGGUGGAUAUGAGAGCUGAGGUUGGCCUACUGAGUCGUAACAUCCUAGUACGCGGUGAGAUGGAGCCCAGCUGUUAUGGAAAUGAAGCCUGCAAAUUCUUUGACUUUGAUACCUUUGGAGGACAUUUGAAGGUGGAGCGAGGUUUCAAAGCCGCACAUAUAUCUGGUGUGGAGCUCCAGAACAUGGGCCAACAAACAAUGGGACAUUAUCCAGUCCACUUUCAUAUGAAUGGGGAAGUGGAUGAGAUGGGAGGCUACAAUCCCCCCACCUAUGUCAGCGAUCUCUCAAUCCACCACUCAUUCUCUCGCUGCGUUACCAUCCACAGCACCAAUGGACUUCUGGUAAAAGACGUAGUGGGCUAUGACACGCUGGGCCAUUGUUUCUUUACAGAGGACGGGCCAGAGGAGAGAAAUACAUUUGAUCACUGUUUGGGCCUCAUGGUCCGAGCUGGCACUCUCCUCCCUUCAGACAGGGACAGUAAAAUGUGCCGCGACAUCACAGACGGAGCGUACCCAGGAUAUGUAGCCAACCCACGGCAAGACUGCAGUGCAACUUCCACUUUCUGGAUUGCCAACCCAAAUAACAACCUUAUCAACUGUGCAGCUGCAGGCUCAGAGGAAACAGGAUUCUGGUUUAUCUUCCACCAUGUACCCACUGGACCAUCUGAGGGGCUGUACUCACCUGGAAAAACAGAACUUACGCCUAUGGGUCAGUUCAUCAACAACAGAGCUCAUUCCAACUACAGGGCUGGAUUCAUGCUAGAUAAUGGAGUCAAGACCACUCAGGCAAAUGACAAGGACAAGAGACCUUUCUUAUCACUGGUUGGAGCCAGGUAUGGACCUCACCAGGACGCUGACCCUUUAAAACCCAGAGUCCCAGCUCACAUUAACCGUUUUGUAGCUUACAAGAACCAGGACCAUGGAGCUUGGUUGAGAGGAGGAGAUAUCUGGCUGGAUGACUGCCAAUUUGCAGAUAACGGCAUUGGCCUAACUCUAGCAAGUGGAGGAACGUUUCCAGAUGAUGAUGGUUCUCGUCAGCAGGUGAAGAAUUCACUAUUUGUGGGGGAAAGUGACAAUCAUGGGAUGCAACUCCCUGAUAACAGUAUCUGGGGCCCGGGGGGUGAAGACCUCACUGGCAGGACCCUCCCGCGUGGCAUUGAUUUCCCUAUUCGGGGCAUGCAGAUCUACGACGGGCCCAUCAAUGUGCAAAACUGUACAUUUCGUAAAUACACAGCUCUGGAGGGACGCCACAGCAGUGCUUUUGGUUUUAGGCUUAACAACUCAUGGCAAAGCUGCCCCAACAAUAACGUGACAGACAUCACCUUUGACCACGUACCUAUCACAUCACGUGUGUUUUUCGGGGAGCCUGGUCCUUGGUUUAAUAAGAUGCAGAUGGAUGGGGACAAGACCACUAUAUUCCAUGACAUUGAUGGUUCAGUCAGUGAGUAUCCCGGAGCUUACCUGGUGAAGGAAGACAACUGGCUGCUCAGACACCCUGAGUGCAUUGAUGUGCCUGACUGGAGGGCUGCCAUCUGCAGUGGGCACUACGCACAGAUCUACAUCCAGACACGUAAUCCUGCCAACCUCAACAUGCAAAUAGUAAGAAAUGAGUACCCUGACCAUCCCUUGGAAUUAGAGGGAGCGUUGGGAAAGAGGAAACACUACCAGCAGUUCCAACCAGUCAUCACAUUGGCAAAGGGCUACACCAUCCACUGGGACCAGGCUGCACCUACUGAGGUUACCAUCUGGCUUAUUAACUUCAAUAAAAAGGACUGGAUCGAUGUGGGUGUGUGCUACCCACAAGGCACCACUUUUGUAGUCAUCUCAGACAUCCACAAUCGCCUGACCAAACAGACCCGCAAGACAGGAGUCUUCAUGAGAACCAUGCAGAUGGAGAAGAUCAAUCACUCACACCUGACAAAAAGCUAUUACUACUGGGAGGAAGACACAGGGCUGCUCUUCUUAAAAGUUCAGGCUCAUAACGACAGGGAACAGUAUGCUUUCUGCUCCCUCAAAGGAUGUGAGAGGGUCAAAAUAACAGCUGUCAUCCCAAAAGGCAGUGCACCCAGCAACUGCAUGUCUCGGGCAUACCCAAAACACGCUGAGCUACCUGUUGUAGAUGUUCCCAUGCCCAAAAAGAUCCCAAAUGACCGAAUGCACUCACCAGAGCACUUACUGGAAGUCAAACUAGAAUCUUAUAACACUCGGUUCUUCCACAUCAAAGAGGACUUCGCUUUUACUGAGGUGAAUGGCAGAAAAUUGUACCAACCAGAAGAUGGCGUGCAGCUGACCGUAAUUGAUGGGCAGAAUGGGAAGGUGGUGGACAGCAAAGGCUUCAGGAACUCCAUCCUCCAGGGUGUUCCUGCACAAAUAAACAACUAUAUCAGUGGCCUACAAGAUGGUUCAGUUGUUCUCCUGACAUCAAAAGGCCGUCUGGUUACGAGAGGACCAUGGACCAAAGUAUUAGAACGACUUGGAGUAGACUCGGGCAAGCAACUGAAAGAUAAGUUGGCAUUUGUAGGCUUCAAAGGCACGUUCCACCCUGACUGGAUUCGAUUGGAAGUGGACCCAAACAGAGCCAAGAUCCACCAGGUUCUGCCAAUCCCGGUGGUCCACAAGUUGAAGCUAUGA